GAAUCUGAUCAUCUAUCCCAGAUAGAUUGGGAUCUCGUGUUUCUUUUCUUCUCAGAUGGAAGACUUGGGGACAGAAAAACAUAUCAAAAUGCAGAAAGUGCCAAAAGAGACAAAGGUUCAUACUGAGCCACAGAGCUUUACUCGUGGAUCCACAUGUAGAUUGUCACAACCAGAAACACUCAGGUUACAAACCAAACAUCAGAUGAAGCCGGCAAGAAAACUUUGCGGUCUCAUUGGUUUCUGUCUAAUUUUAAUAUUGGUAGAGAUUGUAGGAGGAAUCAAGGCCAACAGCCUUGCAGUCGUUGGUGAUGCUGUGCAUCUGCUGAUUGAUGUUGCUGGAUUCUCCAUUUCUCUUUUCGCAAUAUGGGCCUCAGCAUGGGAGGCAACGCCACAUCAGUCUUUUGGUUUCUUUCGCCUUGAAGUUUUGGGAGCACUCUUAUCCAUACAGCUCAUUUGGCUGGUUGCUGGGAUCUUAAUAUAUGAGGCCAUUAUGAGAAUUCUACACAGAAAUGUGGCAGUUAAUGGGAAACUCAUGUUCAUGGUUGCAACAUUUGGUUUUAUUGUGAACUUAACAAUGAUCAUGUGGCUUGGUCACAAUCAUACGCGUUUUGCCUGUGGAAGCAAGGCCCAUGGAAUGGAAGAUGUCGAAACAACUGAAGGGGAGAAGGUUAAUCUCAUUUCAAGCCUUCCAGGAGAGCAUCGAUGUAAUGUUGAACAUAGCCAAAUUCAUAAUUGUAGUCAGGAUAAAAUGGACAGCAAGGUUCUCAAGGAAGCUGAAACAUAUAAAUGCCAUAUGAACCUAAAUCUUCAAGGUGCUUACUUGCAUGUCUUGGGGGACCUGAUUCAGUCCAUUGGUGUGAUGAUUGGUGGUGCUAUCAUAUGGGCCAAACCUGAAUGGUUGGUAGUUGAUCUGAUCUGUACUAUUGUCUUCUGUAUGCUAGUCCUGUAUACUACCGCAAGCAUGCUGAGAAGUGUAAUAAGCAUAUUGAUGGAGAGCACACCAGAUGGAAUUAAUGUUGAUUCUAUUGAAACAGGUCUCAAAUCUAUAGAAGGAGUCCAAGAUAUCCACGAUCUCCAUCUUUGGGCCAUAUCAAUGGGAAAAAAUUGGUUGAUUUGCCAUGUAAUAGCUGAGCCAGGGGCCAGCUCAAAUGAAACACUUCUCAGGAUUAGGGACUACUGUGAAAGGAUAUACAGAAUCAACCAUGUAACUAUACAGAUUGAACAGGAGUAAGUAUUCAAAGAAUGAUGUUUAGUUCUUUCUGA